CAGACAACCGAUUACGCUUUUGUUCGCGAUGAGACGGUAGCCAGAAUCGAUGGUCGGUGAAAAGUAUCGAGGGCAUGCGUUGAAUCAGCCGAAAGGGGAAACGUCAAAGGGAAACGAGUUUACGUUCGGGUAAUUCGAUCGGCUAAUUACCUCUUCUCUCGGUCGGUCGUAUUGUUCCCUCGUGACUAACGCAAAAAGUACAUCAGACGAAAAUCAGUGAAACGACCGUGUCCUUUCAUUACUCGACUGCUUUGUGAUCGCGCUUUUCGCACUCCUCGUCGUUCCACUCUCCUGUACACGCUUACGUCGUCGAUCGUCCGUAACGUGAUUCGGUCCGCGAACAGUAUUAAUAAUCGUAGGAGUGGUUCAUUUUUUACGAACGACUAGAGUCAAACUCGAAUCGCUUCGUUUUGACCGAAAGAUGAUUCGGCUUCUCGAAGCUCGGGACUCAAAGCUCGCGGUGGAAUCAAUACCAGGGAAGAGGAGCGAGAUAGGUAGACUACGGAAGAGAUAGGAGUGUCAAGGAUAGAAGAAAAGGAAGGAAGGAAGGAAGGGACAAAGGAGGCCAAGGAGAUUCGUCUUAGACACCCCACCCACACAUUCACGAUUCCGUACAGACACAGACAGACAUAUACAUUGCUUGACGCUGUUCUCCAUGUCCCACACGAACGUGCGUUUCUUUCGCGCGCGUACGUACACACACGACGGAGGCUUCUCGUUUCACGGUUAUUCGCCGAGAUUUUUUUUAACAAUAUGACCGGCGUCGCGUCGUCAUGGACGCAUUCUGUCGAUUUCUAUACAACGUUCUUCUAGCGACUGUCGUCUUGCUAAGGAGCAUCAAGAACGGACUUCUCUCCUUCGAGAAUCCCAACUACCAUUUGGAUCCAGCUCGUCUGGACGAUGCUCUGAACAGCAACGAGAACGGCAGCUCCCUGUACGAUGAAUUGUACCAGGAAUUGGUCGGGAACGGUGGCAGAAGUGGCGAAGUAACAGGCGGCGGGGGUGGCGGUGUCACGAGGGUGCAAGCGCGCAGGACGUACGCCACUUUGGAUUUGGGCAGCAUGGGGGUUGACGUCACCCAAGGUCCUCUCACGCGAGACGCCGUGACAGAGGAUGCGCCGGACAACACUGACAACCAUAACCUGGGGUACCGCAGCGAGGGUGUUGCGGAGUCCGCUCUGGUCGAUGACACCCUCAACGGAAAUCCUCGAUCUUCGCCGUCGUCUUCCUCGAUUCUGCCUCCGGUUCAAUCAGCAUCCGCGGACACGGUCGACGCUGCGAACCUAACCGAUUCGAGAAAUUAUUGCGAGAAACCGGAUAACGAAACGACGGAGAUGGGAGGUGUUCCGCACGUGGAGGGUGCAUUGAAUAGCGAGCUGUACGCGGUCCCUGUGAAACGGAGACAGCCGAAGGAUCAAAAGAACAAUGCCACUCUGCAGAACAAUACCCAAGAGAAGCCGACGGAGGUGGAUACCAACGACUCCGAGGACAAAGAUGAGAAUCUGCCGCCCGGAUGGCAAAAGCACGAGGACGAGAAUGGCCCGUACUAUUGGCACGUUAAAAGUGGGAAUAUUCAGAGAGAGCCUCCGGAGGCGCCCCUGCAUUCCAAAAGGGAAUCUCGCAAGAGCCUCAUUAAAGACAACGAUAGCAUAAACAAUUUUCACACUCUAAGCGGCAUGGUGAACACCGUGACCCGGAGUAACACGAGCUCCGCUCUGGAUCAAGAGCUGGAAAAUAAGAGAAAAGUGGAACUGGCACUCAAGCGAAGGAGCUACCCUGCACGAGCGGACUCCGAGGGUAGAGACAAACCUAUCAGAUUCGCCGUUCGCUCUCUGGGGUGGACGGAAAUCGCUGAAGAAGAUCUGACGCCCGAGAGAAGCAGCAAGGCCGUCAACAAGUGUAUCGUGGAUCUGUCGUUGGGAAGAAACGAUCUCUUGGACGUUGUUGGCCGAUGGGGCGAUGGCAAAGAUCUGUUCAUGGAUCUGGACGAAGGAGCCUUGAAGCUUAUAGACCCGGAGAAUCUCACUGUACUCAACACACAGCCGAUUCACACGGUGAGGGUGUGGGGUGUUGGCAGAGAUCAUUGCCGUGAAAGGGACUUUGCUUACGUGGCGAGAGACAGGUCGACUCGAAAGCACAUGUGCCACGUGUUCCGUUGCGACAUCCCGGCGCGCACGAUCGCAAACACGCUCCGCGACAUUUGCAAGAAAAUCAUGAUCGAGCGGUCGCAGCACCAGAACCUAGCGAAACCGGUGGAUAUCAACGGUCGGACGAGUCUAGCCACCAGACCGACUAAUCUGCCCACGGAGCAUCGACGCUUCCACAGAAACGGACAAGCGCUAGUCACGCAAUCUUUCCCAACGCCAAUGGAGGAGCCGAAGAAAGUACUACGAGCACAAUAUCUCGGAUCCAUGCAGGUUACUCAGGCGACCGGGAUGGAGGUACUGAAUGACGCGAUAGAUCACAUCGUAACUAAUACGCCUAUCAAUCAGUGGCGAAACGUGAACGUUGCUGUCGCGCCCAGCAUGAUCUCUAUUCUUACACCGAACGAGGAGAAACUCAUCACCGAGUGCCGAGUGCGUUAUUUAUCGUUUCUCGGCAUCGGCCGUAACGUAAAACAGUGCGCGUUCAUAAUGCACACCGCGCAAGAUCUAUUCAUCGCACACGUUUUUAACUGUGAGCCCAGCAGCGGAGCCCUUUGCAAAACCAUCGAGGCUGCUUGCAAGCUGAGGUACCAGAAAUGCUUGGAUGCACACCCGCAGGGCUUCAGAAACGCUAGCAGCCUGAACACUCCGAGCGGAAAGGGUCUCGGCGCUACCUUGAAAUCGCUGGUUGGCUCACUGACUGGACGUAGAAAUAAGCAGGGAACUGUGGCCCCUGCCUGCUGAGCGAGAGGUGAUCAGACACAGACACCUGCAAUCGCCCCUGACCUUGAAGUAUUUUAGCGGAUCACCGCCGAGCGCGUCGCUCAGGUCACUCCUUUCGCCCUCGCUGGACAACAGGCGCAUUCAGUUGGCCCGUUGGGAGAGCAAUCCCUAAGAGAUAUACACGUAGCCGCGGGUCAAGUUGACCGAAGACAAGGGCAAGAAAAGAAUGUAAGGGGAUUUGUUCUCACGUUAAAACGACUGAAUCGUGAAUUCUACAGAGUGCUAUACUAAUUACCACAGCUAUAGUGGACUACGCUUACGUGUGUCGAUAUGAUGUUAUGUAUGUUACACGCAGUGUCUGACAAAAAGUAAAAAAGUAUAAUAAAUAUAAAUGAGAGAAGGAGGAAUGGCAUGGAGGGGAGGAGCUCGUGGAUUGCCGCCGCGAGAAUAGAGGGGAGGAUUCUCUUCAGAAUCGAGAGGAUUGUUGCGCGUUCGCGAUUGUAUCGGGAAAUCGCGUUCAUCGCGAUGUGAAAUCGUCUGAUCGCAACCGAGGUAUGUCCGGCGAGCACCGGCUCGAGAUAGAGCAAAUAUCUGUAUAUAUAUAUACGGGGAUGGUAUAAUUUGUCGCGCUAAAUUUAGUAAAAAUUUUGCUGGAUCCGACACAAGUCCAGAGAGGCUGAGUGUGAAAGAGGGAACGACGUGCGUGAGUGAGGGAAUGACUGAAGUAGCGUUCUAGCGUAUCCACGAGGCAUUCGAAGAAUUAAAGAACGACAUACAAGCUAUAGAGAGCUUAAAUGUGUAACUUAUUACAUGUGUAUUCUCGGGUGUACAGAUUAGAGAAACGAGACGAGGAUGACCAGACCAUACGAAUUAACGAACACGUAAAACUACACGCGUAAUUAUAGGAAGAAGACACACGCAUAGAAUGACGCCCACGCGACGAAACACACUCAUACAGUAGUACUUACGUACGUAACGUAACGUAAAUACACGCGCAUCACAAAGCACACAAGAGACACACUCAUACAGCAGGCAGGUAAGAGGAGGUAAUUUAUUUUUUAUGGCCAAGUAUAAAAGAGCUUGCACCUUCUCGGAACGAAGGCGAUACGAUAAAUGCGAGCGCGACCGUCCUUUAAGUCCACACGGGUAACGAAGAGUCCGAGACGAACCCAAGCUAUAUACCUACGUACCGUUUCUUGACACUCGCAUUGAACAAUGUUAUAUGUAUUACUGUACGCACAAUCGCUGUGCAAAGAUCGCUAACGCCUACGCAGAAACGACAUAAAACGAAACUUCACUCUGCUGUUAACGGUGUAACCAAUCGUUAUCAUCGUCGUAACGCGCUUCGCUGAACGAAUUAAUUAAUUGCUGUGCGUCCACUGCAACGGUGUCGAGAAUAUCAACGUAAUAAAGUUCCGUGUAAAAACUAAUAAGAGCCCAAUUACUCGGAGCUUAUUUCACCGCCACCGCGGCCACGCCGUUUCCUGGAACGGUUUCAUGCUUUUCAACUCUGGCGCACUGCGUACACGUGCAACAUCGUCCGUAGACUCUUCAUGCGCAUAUGAGCACAGCCGUGAACUUUAACGCGCGACGGACGUAGGAGCGGGACUCCGUUCGGUCGGUCGGGCGAAAAUAGCAGCGCGAAUCAUUUUCACACGUACGUAUCCACGGAAGCACAACAUCGGCGAUAUUCCAUUUCGGAAAUUCAUCUAGGUGGUACCAUUUUCCUGGCUGAACGAUCAUCGUUUCGAGUGCUCGCGAUGCCUAAUAUCAAUCGGUAGCUUAGAUACCCGUGAUCAAUCGACUCGUGCGCGUACACCAUCCGUUCUCCCUUCGGUUCGUUUUUUACCUUCUAGCUGUAGGCAGUUUUUCCACAUGCGCGCCGAAUUUUUGCAGCGAAUUGUACAGAGAACGCGAUGAAGAAACGUGUGUGUGUGUGUACUUCGUCCGAACCCCCGAUUAUUUUCGUACGAUAGCCUCGCGAUUAGACACGCGACGAUGUAGCGAACCGACGUCUCAUCCACGCUGCUCCGUGCCGAGUCGACGAACCGCUCGUUCGCGUUUCUCACCUCUGGCCGAAAACGUUCCUAAUUAGCCGCAGCAUGAGUUGACCCCCCGCGGGAAAUGACAGUCGUUCGACGAACGAGCGGAAAAGCGGGCAAGGAUCUAGGAUGAAUCACAUGAGACGCGAGGAAGGACCUGCGAAACUGACAGCAAGAAAGCCUAAGGCCACUAGCAGGCUAAAUUAAUGCACCGGAAUGAUUUGUACGAAGGGAGAAACGUUCCCGUAGACACGGAACCAGCACCUUUCCCCGAGGAUGAAAUACGGCUUUCUUGCUCGCAGUACGUCGACGUCGUCCAUCAGGGACGAUCACGUCGUGGGAGCCAUCGUCAUUGUGAAUGAUACAAAAUUGUGCGGGACCCAGAACGAAGAGAUAUUUCUAUGUAGCGUUUAGAUAAGGAUGGCAGGUAAAAAUAUUGAAUGGAGAUCAGCGUGAACGGUGUAAGAAAGAAGAACGCGUGCGUUGAGUAUGCUGCUUGAUGACAAUUAAUUAUCUAGAAUGAGGGUGUAACGAGAAGAGAUAGAACCUCGAGAAUUUCCAUUACUUGUACAUAAAAAUUACAUGUUACGAGGAUCACCCGCCUUUUAUCACAGAGAAGACACAGGAGAACAGAGCAUGUCAAUGCGCGAAACGCCUCGUCUCUUUAGCUGAAUGUCACGUCGAAGGGGAACACCCGCGGAGGUCGAUGGAUCUUCUCAGGGGAUUCCCUUCCGACUCGUCCACCGCUUCGAAUUUCCUUUCACCGGUAUGUUCUUUACGUUCCUUCCAUUAUCUGGUCACUCUCAAUCUCUACGCGGGUAGGCUUGAGUAACCGUGUCACGAACAAUAAUUAAUAAAUGGGGAAUAAAAAAAAAGAACGUCGCGCAACGAGGCCUCCCGUGCAACCCCACGCUCCGUAUUAACAAACUCGGAUCUCGACCCCCCAAGGUUCACUGAAAAACUAGCGACGUUUCUUCUGCUAUUGAUAUGAUAUAUCGUUGAUACUCUUGCUUUGAUAUACAUAUAUAUAUAUAAAUAUAAAUAUAUAUAUUAUAUAUAUAUAGUUGUUGAAUUUAUAUUAUCGUAACGUUAGGUCUCGGACGAGCGAUCGAGGGUGGCAUGAGACAGCCUCGAGGGCGCGCGACGAAUCAGGAGGCUAUAAAUUGUGGUGUGGAUGUAAAUAAUAAUUAUUAUACACUCGUGUAGAAACUUAGGAGGAGGCUAAAAGUCGGUAAAGGGAGGAAUCCAGAAGUUAAGAGCUAAGGCCACCCAUUGUUGCACCCUGUCGUCCGAGUGACGACGCACGUCAAACGAUACGAGGCACACGACGGCCCGACACAUCACUCACAUACACGCAACACACGCAUUCACACGCGAAAGAGAGAACACGUGGAACACGACAAAUACAUACACAUGCACACACACGUUCACAAAUUGCGCGUAGCUUAACUGUCUCCUUGACGAAAUCGUUGACGGGAAGGAAUGAGUAUUGAUGGAAAGGGAAACAACCGAUGAGCGGGGUUGGAAGAGGUAAAAAAGAGGAUAUAAGCAGGAAGUGGAGGAGGAUAAAGGAGAAGGGAAGCCACUUGUGUAACUGACAUAGAAUAGUGCAAACCUAAUUAUAUUUACUGUGACAUGUAAUAUCCUUAAUGAAAAAAAAAAAAAAAUGCGAUCUACUUGAUAGAAGAGUUGUUCUGCACAAACACGAAGCUUCAUUGAUAAUUAUAGUGUCUCUCUCUCUCUUUCUCUAUCUCUCUAUCUUCAAAGAAAAAAUAAAAAUACGUACCUCUCUGUACCUUAUGGCAAUUUAAUAUAAUGCGACUCGGCGUCGUCUCGGCGGCCGAGACCGAACGAACACUCUUUUCCUCGUGCGAACGGGAACAUUCGCUAUCAUUUGCUCGACGAUUCGAGUUGCGAAUCGUGCAAAGUAAAAAACUCACGCAGAGACACACAUCAUCGAAUGAUCAUUGUUAAUACUAUUGUUGUCACGAUCACUAUCGUCGCGUUGAUAUAACGGGGAAUACAAGUACAAGUAUAGGGGAAUUCGCUGUCGUCGCAAUUAAUAAAAAUAUUCUAAAACAGGAAGCGGGAACGAGGAGAAAGCAUUGUUGCUACCAAUCGGUGGAGACAAAGGGAUGAGAGAACGCGAGGAAUAAAGGAAAAACUAUACAUAUGCUCGCGUGAUGAUCGGCUUCGGCUUAUCGUGGAUGAUAAAGGGAAAGGAUCAAUUUUAUUUGUCGACGUUGCGGGAGAUCAUGCACGGAGAACGUGUGACCGACAAGAUUCUAUUCGGAACAAAACCACUUUUCUCGUUCUAUAUCGGGAUAGAAUCUUGCUGCGCGCACGUAUAACAUGUAACCCGAUGCGAGAAUAUGUUCUAAAAGCAGCAAAGAGAGGAUAUAAAAUAGAGGAACACCGAAAGACGCGUUUCGUAAUUAAUCCGACGAGUUUACGUGUCGUUUUAGAGCGUACGAAUAUAAGUGACAAAUGAAGAUGAGAUAAGAAAACACUUUGUAUGCACCCGCCCCCUCCCCCAUUGUUCAUGCCGAUUUAUAUUGCGUAGCUGGACCGAUCGAUAAUUAUAAACGGACGUGAGAAUAAUAUUAUAUAUAUAAAUAAAAAAAAAUAUAUUAUAUAUAUAUAUAAUAUUAUACAUAUAUAAAAGCGACAGAAUGAAACUACUGUAACUACACCUGCCUCUUGUGAAUAAACGCCUAUUUGUUUCUUUUCAAAA